CGGCCGAAAGCAGAGUGAACCCACGUCACCUUGAGGGAGCGUUUCCUCCUGCUCGGGUUACAGGUGCCUUGUUUCCAGUCGGACCUGCUCGUCUGCUUUCUCGUCACCUGUGAGCAGCCGGAAGUCACCGGGAGUUCCAGAUCGGUUUGUUGUUACCUGGGCGGAAUCCGCAGGUGAGAGAGCUCGGUGAUCACAGGCGGACUCCGGUCGACACAGCAGCGGAUUUAAAAAACCGAGGGGGGAGAAUCUCACACGAGGAGCUCACUCGACGGGAGGAACGUGUAUUUAUUCCCUCGGUUUCUCCAGGAGAGUUUCUGCGUCGUGUGAACGGAACGAAACAUGCUCGUCUCCGGGCUGCUCCCACUCGCUUUGUUCCUCUGCGCAGCCACAGUUGUAAGAGGCUUCACAGUCUCUACCAGUACUAAAGAUGUGCGGGCGAAAGAGAAUGAGGGAGCUGACCUAAAAUGCACGUAUUCAGGGGACUUUGGUGCAGGUGCAAGAGUGGAGUGGAAAUUCAAUGACUUAAAAGGCUCUCAGGCUUAUGUGGUUUUUGAUGGGAAACCAACAACGCCAUAUUCCAGUCGAGUGACAAUGUACGGCACCAAUAUUAGAUUCACCAAAUUGACCCGUGACGACAACGGAGUGUACGACUGUGAGGUGUCUGGCGGCGGGCACUUUGGGGAAGCCAGGGUGAAGUUGACAGUUGAGGUGCCUCCAUCUGCGCCACUGUGCAGGAUCCCAUCCUCAGUGACGACGGGCAAAAAGGCCAUGCUGUCCUGUCACGACAGCGUUGGCUCACCUCCUCCCCAAUAUAGGUGGUUCAAAGAUAGCACGCUCCUGCCCCCCGAGCCUCAAAAGAUCGCUGCCUUCAAAAACUACACCUACUUGCUCAACACAAGCGAUGGCAGCCUGGAGUUUGCCAGGGCAGCCAAGAUGGACUCAGGAACGUACUUCUGUGAGGCGUUCAAUAAUGUUGGGGCUCCUCAGCGCUGCAGAGCAGUGAAAAUGGAAGUCCGUGACCUCAACACUGGAGGAAUUGUUGCUGGAGUAAUCAUUUUUCUGCUGCUUCUGGCCCUGCUCGGAUUUGGCAUUUGGUAUGCUCACAAGAAAGGAUACCUGCCCAAGAAGAGUGAAAGCAAACCAAAGACUAACGUGGUCUACCAGCCUCCAUCUUUGUACGGCGGUGAAGAAGAAGACAGGGAUUUCAAACAGAAGUCGUCAUUCGUGGUAUAGUCCACAAGAAGAAGUCCCUACCGGAGAUCACCUGAGGUUUCAAAAUGCUCUCAGCUUGUUUGUUUUCUGACAAUUUUCUAUUCUGUUGAGUAAGUUGCAACAGAUAGAUAAUAAGAUUUUAAUUGAAUGUGCUGUGACCAAUUUUGUCCUCAUAUUUCUCCAGCUAUGUUUGAAGUGUGUGCGUUUCUAAUUUGUUUUGUUUAAAUGUUGCAUCUUCAUGUAAAUACUAGAUAUAGUACAGAUAAUAUCAGCACCAUCAAUUGGGUUUUUUAAAGCCGUUUCUUUUGUGGAUGCUAGUUGCGAACACACACAUAACCAACUACUUAUUGAAGUACAAUAGAAACAAUUUUAGUAAAGUACAAUAGACACAUUCUUCUCAGAUAAUGCAGUGUCUUGAUGGAACUUGUAGAGAUUUUUGUUAUGUCACCUUCAUUUAAGUCUUGUAUCUCUGUCUGUCUGUUUUUUAAUAAUGCAAAAGUUGUUGUAAACUAUUCUUUCUGUAAUGCUUUACUAAUGUUUUCCUCCUUGUAAAUAACAGUCUUUUUAAAUUCAGUUGAAACUAGGAAGUGUUUUAACGAGCUCCUUGACACCAACUACAAACUUACUUCACAUCAUCUCUGGCUGUUGUUUUGAUGACUAACCAGUUUCAGAGGCGCAUUUUCCUGAACAUAUCAUUAAGUAGUUGAAAUAUAUUAUGUGUAGAUGUGUUGUCUCAGAAAUACAUUUGCAAACUCAACAGCUACGUUGAAAUUAGUUUCAUCAGCAAACAAUUAAUGGUAGUGUGUUGAACAUCAUGCGUCACCUUUUCAUAACCAUUAUCUACCCUGAUACGAUUGUUCUGAAGCCGACCUCCAGACACUGAAAUGACACAAGAUGAUUUUGUUUCAUGCACAAAAUGUCUUUGGGUAGUUUGCUUCUCUGCACAUGUUCUGUAUUGCUUGGCCUUUUGGAGACAUUUUUAGAGCUGUUGUGUCAGCUGACGAUUGUAACUUUGCUUCAUGUAUCAGUUAAUAAAAAGAUUGUUUUUA